AUGAAUCCUACGUCUGAACAAAUACAUCUAAAUCAGUUUACACAUCGAUCAGAUUUGGAUAUCGAAGAUACUGAUAUUGAAUCUUUACAAUCAAAUCAUACACAUUUCAUAUUAAUUGAUAAUGGACGUAAUGCUGGCUAUUCAGCUGAUUCGGACCGCUCGGAUUUUGUUAAACUGAUACUUGAGUCGAAAACAAAUCGCUGUUUUGCUGUGACAAUCAUUGUUGAAGGCGGUAUUCACACAACAGAAGUUAUUCUUAACGACUUGAAAGAAAAACGUUCAGUUAUCAUUAUUCAAGGGAGUGGCAAAAUGGCUGAUCUUAUUGCUAAGUUAAUGGAAAUUACAUCAGAUAAAACACAACAGUCAACAAGAGACCUAACUGAUGAAGAAAUUAAAAGUAAUAUAAAACUCUUUUUACCCAAUUGGUUUCAAACAGCUACUGUUAAUGACUUGAAUGAAAGCUAUCGUUCAAUUCGAGAGAUAUUAAAACUAUCAUUAAGACAAUAUUUGCAUGUAUAUCAUCUUGGUAGUAACGCAAGUUUAACAGAAACAAUAUUUAAUUCAGUUUUUAAAACUCACAUUACAGAAGAAAUAUUUAAUUCCGUUGUUAAAGCUCCCUUUACAGAAAAAGAACUUUUAUAUUUGGCAAUUAAAUGGAAUUGUCUUGAAAAUGUUAAACGAACAUUAGAACAGAAACAACAUAAAACACAGGAUCGAGAAUUAUAUUCAAAAGUAUUUAAACAAGCGAUGUUAAGUGAUCGUUGGAAAGUUGUUGAUUAUAUACUUCGUUUAAAUUUUUCUCCACUUGAGACUUAUGAAUAUAUUGAUUAUAAAGAACAGAAACCAAAUUCUGUCAAAAUCACAUCUCAGUUAUUACAAACUAAUGUUAAUAGAAUUAGUGAUAAAAAAUCUACAAUUAUUAAUUUAAACAAUGAUAAAAAUGAUGCAAUCAACAACAACUAA